AACGUUAAUAAACAAUUAAACUUUUGCAUAUUCAAAUUCAAAGGCUUUGUUUUGAUUUGAUACGACGCGGUAUCCGUUCAUUAUUGUAUGCCUAGUAUUUUAUUUAAUUAAUUCUGUAUACAAUGAGCCUUGCGACAUCCUAUCGUUUUGAAACACAAACCGAGAAAACAAGUUUAAAACGUGCUUUGAACCGUCAGAAAGAACGUAUAAAGUAUGAUGAGCUUAUCGUGGCAAGAGAAUCAAUUGUGAAGAAUGAAAAGAAGGUAAACGAGCAAGCAGAGUGGUCAGAGGGACUGGAGACAGCUUCUGGGAGUGGUAGAGUAAGGGAGGAUCUUGUAAGGAUGAACCAUGAGACUUUUAUGACCGGAAAAGCAUUAGUAGCGGUUAGAAGAAAAGCCCUUCAGACAUUGCUUCAAAAAGAGUACGACAUGUAUGAAACAGAACUUCAACAACAAGGAAAAGCAUUUUACUUCAAGCGUGAAUAAAUGAAAAAUUAUUAGGAGAAAACAUUUAGCAUAUUUAUUAAAAAAUAUAAAAAUCAAAAUACAUAAUUCUAAAAUGGAUUUAUUUUUAUUAAUUGUUAUUUUUAUUAGUAUUUAUUUCAUGAAUCUAAUUCCUGAAACUCAUGAAACAAAUUAUUUCAUGUUGUAGGUGUGAUUUUCUUUCUGUUGAUUAAAGUACAAUUAAAUUUACGUAAUUUAAAUUUGUACAUUAAUAGUAAAAUAUUCAUGUUUUUUUAUACUAAAAAAGAACAAAAUAUAUCAAUCUUCCUGACAUCUUCCACCGACUGAUCAACAUUGCUUCCUAAUCCACACAUCUUAAUGGUAUUGUUUGUUUUUGUCCAUAUCGUCUCACUUGUGAAAUCAUAGCUGGGCAGGCCCUUUGGCAGGUUGGUGAAAAUGUGUGGUUUUGUGUGCUAGUUUCAUUUGUUGGGGAUUGUUUUGGUUAUUUGGUUAGUAUGGGUUAUUUCCUGAUAAUCAUAAUAUUAUUAUUAUUAUUAUUAUUAUUAUUAUUAUUAUUAAUAAUAAUAAUAAUAAUAAUAAUAAUAAUAAUAAUAAUAAUAAUGUAUUGCGAAUUUAAAUGAUUUUUGUUGUGGAAGGUGCUAAGUGAAUUGAAAACCAUUGUUGUUACUGUUAUCAAUAGUGAUAGUGGUGCGAAUUACACCAAGGAUAACUCACUAAUUCAAAGACUUGUUUGUGUGGGGUCCUUCUGGUGGUGAAUUGGGCAGUUCACUGGAAGACAAUCCCCUACCCUUUUCCAAAGAUAGUACUGUCCCCAUUCUAGAACAUGCGCAUGGACCAUAUUAUUAAAGAUAAUAUCAAUUUUAGAUUUUUUAAUGUAAGCCUAUACACUUCAUAACCUUCUGUUUUAAUAUACAUGUAAACUUAGCAUAACUUACUUUUUAUUCUGUAUUCAUAAUGUAGGCCUACUUUUAGUUCAAUUGUUUGGAAAAUUAUGAAAUACACGUUUGCGCUGUUGUUGUAUAUAAUCAUUUUAAGAUUGUUAAUAUAUGUCACUUUGUAAUCUUUAUUCUGUGUUAGUAACAUCUGUAAUAACUAUCUUUUGUUCUGUAUUGUGUUUAGCUUCAACAGGUAAUUUUAAUUGUUUGGCAAAUUACAAUUAUUAUUAUCUUAACGAAGAUGAACAAAUAAAUUUAGAAUAUAGAAUCGAA